UAACGGGUCAGCUGGUCGGCAGUCAGAAUGAGGCAGGAUUCAGGAAUAUUAUCCCAAACAUGUGAUGGUAUUGGGAGGUAGGCAAAGAGGGGAGAGAGGGUGUGAGCAAGUUUUUCCAAGGCCUGUUAUGAACUAUUGCUAGCAGCCGUAGAUUGGUCUGGCUCUGAGAGCUAUUGAGCGCAGUAGUUGGUCAGUUAUGGUUCUUCUGGUUGUAUUGGGUAGUCUGCUCCAGCUGCUGCUGUUGCGGCCGAGUGUGGGCCAGUUCCCCCGACCGUGCGCCAAUAGCGUAUCUCUGCGGACAAAGCAGUGCUGUCCGGUGUGGGAGGGGGACGGGUCGGCAUGCGGUGCCACGUCGGGACGGGGGUUCUGUGAAGACGUGACAGUAUCGGAGGAGCCCAACGGGCCGCAGUUCCCACACAGCGGAAUUGAUGACCGGGAACGGUGGCCGCUGGCCUUCUUCAACCGCACAUGCAGGUGCGCGGGGAACUACGGGGGUUUCGACUGUGGAGAGUGCGUGUUCGGGUACUUCGGCUCCAGGUGCGCCGAGCAAAGGCAGUACUUGAGGAAAAACAUAUUCUCCCUCUCGGUGGCGGAGCAACAGCGGUUCAUCUCCUACUUGAACCUGGCAAAGACCACCGUCGCGGCCGAUUACGUUAUUGUCACUGGAACUCGCGCUGAGAUGGGUGAAAACGGGGAGAACCCGAUGUUCUUCAACGUAAGUGUGUAUGACCUGUUUGUGUGGAUGCAUUACUACGUGUCCAGGGACGCGCUUCUCGGUGGACCGGGGAAUGUGUGGCAAGACAUCGACUUUGCACACGAGUCUUCAGCGUUUCUUCCGUGGCACCGGGUGUUCCUGCUGAACUGGGAGCACGAGAUCAGAAAGAUUACCGGGGAUUUUAACUUCACUAUCCCAUACUGGGAUUGGCGGGACGAAACGGAAUGUACGGUGUGCACUGACAACCUGAUGGGUGGGCGGAAUCCACUGAAUCCAGAACUUAUCAGCCCCGCCUCUAUAUUCUCUUCAUGGAAGGUGAUCUGUACCAUGCCACAGGAGUACAACAGGAGAGCAACCCUUUGUCCAGGGACGAGCGAGGGGCCUCUGCUCCGUAACCCUGGUAACCACAACCCCAACCGCACCAGGCGUCUCCCCACCUCGGCAGACGUGGACUCAGUAAUCAGCAUAGAGACGUACGAGACGGGACCCAUGGACCGCCGGGCCAACAUGAGCUUCAGGAAUGCCCUGGAGGGUUUUGCCAGUCCUGAAACAGGGAUGGCUGUAACCGGACAGAGUACCAUGCACAACGCCCUCCAUGUCUUCAUGAACGGAACCAUGAGCUCAGUACAGGGCUCGGCCAACGACCCCAUCUUCCUCCUGCACCACGCAUUCAUAGACAGUAUUUUCGAGCAGUGGUUGAGGAAGCACACGCCUCCCCGCUCCCAUUACCCAACCGCCGACGCUCCUAUUGGUCACAAUGGUGGUCACUACAUGGUUCCCUUCCUGCCUCUCUACCGCAACGCUGACUAUUUCCUGGGGAACCAGGCGCUGGGCUACGAGUACUCCUACCUGCAGGACCCAGGAACAAGGUUUGUCCAGGAGUUCCUGACUCCCUAUUUGCAGGAGGCUCAGCUGUUAUGGCAGUGGCUCCUGGGAGCGGGACUCAUCGGAGCCACUCUGGCAGGAGUCGUCAUGACCGGGGUGUACCUGUUGUUGAGGAAGCAGAGUGAGAACAGCAAGAGGAAGCUGACAUCAUCCUUCGGGGAGAGACAGCCCCUCCUACACAGCAGUUCAGAGGAAGGCUCAGGGACCUCCUACCAGACCACACUGUAACACACACACACACUGUAACACACACACACACUGUAAGACACACGCACUGUAACACACACGCAAUCCUAGAGAGACAUUUGACUCCAAUAUCCUUCAUUCUACUGCUCUUUCAAACAACAUGGCACAGUGGUAACACUUCCUGGAAUAAGUCGCAUAUGCGUCUCCCCACAAAAGACCAGGGUUCAAUCCCAGCAUCCUCCCAUCCCACUGUUAUCUCGCCUGUCACUCCCCCUCCGUUUUCAACUCUCAAAAAAUAAAUAUAAAUGAUGAAUACAAUAAGAUAUACAUUUAUAUAUAGACAGAACAGGUGUUUUUGGUAUGUUUCUGACACGCAGUACUGUAUAAACCCCACCCCAGUUGCCACGGAGAUGAUGGUGCUCAGGAAGGGUUUUACUGCGCC